GCUGCCCUCGCAGGAUCUCAUGGUCUUCCUGGAGUACCGGGCAGCGCGGUUCCUCAACGUCGCAACGCCCCCGGCGCUGGCGGUAGUCGGGUGGCUUGGCAACGCCAUGGUGGUGCACGUGCUGGCCUGCUCGAGCCUGCGCCGCACGGCCUGCUUUCCAUACCUGGCCGCCAUCGCGUGCCUGGACUGCGGGGUGCUGCUCUGCAACCUUCUCUUCAAUUUCAUCGAUGUCUUCGUCACGGCCCUGCGAACCAGCCACGACGUCUGCCGCCUGCACUACUUUCUCUUCUUCGUCUGCUCGCAUCUCAGCGCCUGGCUGUUGGUCGCCGUGACCGCGCAGCGGUACUUCGUCGUGUGCCGCCCUCUGAGGGCCUUUCGAGUCACCUCCCUGCGCUGCACGUGCUGGGUGAUCGGGGGACUGGUCGCAGGCUGCGUGGGGCUCAACGCUCACCACCUGGUCAUCCGGGCACACGUGUGGAACAACGAGACUGGCCGCUACACGUGUCAGACCCUCAGCACCGGAAGUGAGAUCUUCACCCAUGCAUACUGGCCGUGGGUCGACGCCCUCGCCUACUGCUUCGUUCCUUCGCUUCUUCUCAUCGUGUUCAACACCGCCAUCGUCAGGACCUUGUACAGGGCAGCGGCUUUCAGGAACAAGUAUCAGUUCAGCUUCUCAAAUUUUCAGCCUUCUGUACAGAGUCAGAGGUUCCUCAGAAGGAACAGCUUGCCGGCAAACUUUCUGGGCACUACUUACAACCACUACCAGAACCACCACCGUCAACAUUUCCUCAGGUCAGCCUUGUCAGGCUCGAGAACUCUCGUUCGUGGAGGUGCACGAGGGCAAACUUUGUCACAAGAAGUUGUUUGCCAGACAGUCAAAAAUCAGUCUCGUUCUCGAUCGAGUCAACACCUGAAGGCGACCUCCAACAAAAGCUGGGCGCAGUGGAACCAUUCCUGUUACAGUCUUUCUCUUGUAUCCUGGAUCAGCGAAGUACCCGAGUCAGAGUUCUUUAUAGACUCAGGGCGACAGCCACAUUUGCAUCAAGGAAGAAAGCAGUCUGUUUCCCUGCCUCAUCUUCAUCACACUGUUGGUUCUGCAAGCUAAACCUUUCGCAGAAGGUGAGAACUUCGAUGGAGAGGCGCAUGACCUGACAGCAUCACACGAGGAAGCGAGCCGCGCUCAGAAGGAACAUCACGUGACUCUCAUGCCGUUGCUGGCGUCGAUCGUGUUCGUGAUGUUGUCGUUGCCCAUCGCUGUCGUACUCAUCGUGGAGCAGCUAGCGUGGACACGGUCCACCGCUCACGAUGUGGCGGUGUAUACCCUCGUACGAGUGGUAGUCGGGACGUUGAUGUUGACCAACCACGCCAUCAACUUCGCGCUCUACUGUUUCGCGGGCUCUACGUUCCGACGACAGUGGCGACAGCUGUACUGCAGGGCAGCACCACGAGGGCAGUCUGCAAGCGACACGCUACAGCAAGCCGCGUCUACAGCAACUUCCGCGCUGCGACGACGCAACGACAGGUACUUGGCAACGUUGACGAUGACAACGGCGAUGAGACAGAGGCGAGGGUGGCUGACUUCCAGGGUGAGUCAGAGGCGGAGGUGGACAUCUGGUUGCCAAGCCGGCCUGUCGACAGCAGCCGCGGGUCGUGGACACCCUGGUGACACGCCUUUCGCAGAAGCAUUACAAUCUGUCAUACCCGAGGUGCAUACAGGAGGCAAGUUACGCCACCUGCAGGCUGGUCAUCACACCCAGCGCCACCUCGGUGGGAAAGCGUAACUCUGUGCCAUAAUUCUCGGAUGCUGUCCAAGAAAAAGCUAGAUGGACCACUGGUGACUUGGUGUGAGUUGAUGGAAGCGAUGAGGUUGAUAUUUACGACAAACACCUAAAAGGAAAAGUCGAGAAGCAAGAAAAAGGUUAAUUCCCCUCGGUGCCUUAUGCGCAUGUCUCAGCCAUAAUGCUCAGCACACCAUUCGGGGGUUAAAGGUCGCUAAUGCUUCCACACCUACAUUCCAUGACGAUGACGUUGAAGAUGAGGUAUUCAUCAUCGCCCCUUUCAUUACUAAUACCAUCACUACCCGAGAGGUAAUCAGCAUGCUCCUAACAUUGAA